GCAAAUGCUGAGAAUGUGUGUACCUCGGAGUCCACGCUUCGCGAGCAAAAGGUGAAGGAGCUUUCAGAGUGUUUGCGAGUAGAAUUCGGUCCGAGUGGAGCAAAACUGCACACCUUGACGCCCGCGGAACUGAAUGACUGCCUCCGACGGGUGGACGCUGCCUUCACUUCCUCUCUUACUAGCGAUCACUCUUCGUCUGCGGAUCCUUCGUCCAGGCAACAGAGCCGACCCUCUCUCAACGACUUCUCUCUCUGGUUGGCAUCUUUUGACGAAACGCAGGAUUUAAACGUGGAGCUACCUGGGCCAAAGGUUAUCCGAAUCUUGGGCAGCGACGGUGUUUGGAGCAACUGGAUGGUUAAGAGUGGUGAAGAUCUUCGACAGGAUUCACGCAUUCAACAUCUCUUCCACUUCGCUAAUCAUGCUCUGGCCCGUGCCCCUACUGGCAAACAUCAGCCUAUCCCCUCUAAAUCCGAUGGCGCAGUGGAUAACCAGACCUCUACCCUGUUGCUGCGAACUUACCUCGUCCUGCCAGUAACUUCGCAAUUGGGCCUACUUCGAUGGAUUCCGGACACGAAGACAGUAGCUGGUUUCUGCAAGUCCGCCAUGAGAGCCAGUGAAGUCACCCUCUACAACGGUCCAUGUGAUUACUUCAAUGUUUUUCUUUAA